AGUUAUUUUAUCGGCCGUUGAAUCAACAGCAACCCAGGGUUUACGAUUGACAUUAGCCAGACAGUUAGCAGAGGUUAUAUUGCGUAAUAUGAGCGAGGCUGAGUAUAAAAGUCCUGACGCACCACCUGAUACGUUUGGAACUGGACCUGUUAAUAGAAGACUAACUAAUUAUGCGAUUAACAAUGGUGUCUCUGAGUCACCUUGGAAGCCAAAAAAAUAUAAUGGACCCAAUUUGUUCGUGCCUCGCAAUGAGAAUGAGGAGAUUAUUCUUUUGUUAUUGAUUAGUGAGGCGAUGGCUGUCAGGGAGACUGUGCUGAGUCAAUCCCCUGAGUUCAAAGAGGCGAGAUUAAGGGCCCUUGAGAAUGCUACCGCUGUUUAUGAUCUCAUGACAGUUGUUGUUGUACGAUGGAGUCAAGUAGAAUUGUUAUAUGAGUCAUUUGAGAGAGCGAUGAAAUUCUCCCAUGAGGAAGUUCAUGUUUGGACUCAAUAUGCAUUAUGCUCAAUUCAUCUUGGGAGGUACACUCAUGCUUAUUCAGUUCUCCGAAUUGUUGCCAAACUCUCUCCCCAGAAAGUUAUGCCCUGUCUCUUAGCUGCAAGAUUAUGCUACGAACACCUCAACAGGAUAAAGGAUGGCAUUGAAUGGUCCCAGAAAGCCCUUCAACGUGAGACCUCGAAUCCCCAGGGUUUGCAGUCACGCUGUCACUUAUACAUCGGUAUUGGGCACAGCAUAAUAUCUGGAAUUACAACGAUUAAACAAGAUAAAGUGCACCACACCACAUUAGCACUGGAAUGCUUCCACAAAGCUCAACAGUAUGAUCCAAAUGAUCACUUAACGGAGUACUAUCUGGCCCACGAGUACGCAAUCAAUAGGCAAAUAAACGAAGCAAUGGUGCACGUUAAAAUUUCUCUUAAUUUACGAGCUGAACAUAUACCAUCACUGCAUCUAUUAGCAUUAUUGCUCUCAGCCCAUAAACAAUACGCGGAUGCUCUGCAUCUUAUCAACAGUGUCCUUGAGGAAUAUCCAGAUAAUCUGAAUUUUCUUUACGUAAAAGCGCACCUUGAAUUGCACAGUGUGGGUGGUGAGGAGGCGCUUUUCACUAUUAAACACAUGCUGCAUCUAUGGAGAACACUGUACGAGGAUCAAACAAAUAUCGAUUGCAAUGAGCAGCAAAGUGAGAGGAGGAGCGAGACCAGGAGUGUAUUUCAAUUGUACACAUCGGAAUUGAGUGACAAGGAUUCAAGUUCAUUACAUGCUCAAUCACUAGCUGCGUCGAGAAUUGAACAAGCAUUAUCAGAAGUCGCUUCAUCGUUAUCAUCUUUCACCCCAAAACCCGGACCUCAACAUGCUUGGCUACUACAAUUACAGAUUUGGCUCCUUCUAACUGAGGUUUUCCUCGUCCUAGAUCGUCCAGAAGGUGCCACCCUAUCUCUCCAAGAAGCCACCAAUAUUUAUCCCCUCAGUCACGAUAUAAUGUACACGAAGGGACUUUUACAUGAAUACAAAGCUGAGUAUGCUGAAGCGAAGCAGUGCUAUCAGAAUGCUGUGUCGAUUAAUCCCUCUCAUAUAAAGAGUCUUCAACAUUUGGGAUUGGUUUACCAUUAUUUGGGAUGUCAGAGACUUGCGGAAAAAACCCUACGUGACGCAGCGAAAAUUGACCCAAAUUCCCAUCAAAUUUGGUAUAAUCUUGGUAAAGUAUUGGAAUCACUUGGGGAGAUGGAGACUGCCAAUGACUGUAUGGCAACUGCCCUGGAGGUGGAAAAUACGAAUCCAAUUUUACCGAUUAUGUCCAUUCCAGUGACUUUCGAGUAAAGGAGAGAGAAGGGCAAGUGUGAAGUACUAGGUGCCCUGUUUUGUUUGAUUGUUGUCAGAGACAAUAGGCGAGGGGAAAAUAUCAAAAGAUAUUCCUCGUAGAUAAUGAAAUUCUGUAUAAAAAAGAUUUCCUGUCAUUUUUUCUAGAUCCAUUAAUUUGCAAGAUAUUGGCUAAAUCAUUUACCUAUAAUUACAAAUUGGAAAAUUUAAUGUACCGCUUUUGUAAAUUUCUGUGAAACUACUAAGGUUGUUCGACGUCAAAAAAUUAUUUUUGCAGAUCUUGGAAUGCUUUAUAUAAAAAAUCUCCUAACAUUUGCAACUGAACCCAUUAGUUCGUAAGCCAUCGGUAGAAUAAUCCGUUUGCUACGGGAAACAGGUUGCAAAAUUUCAUACCGAGUUUUCCGUCAACAUUUCGAAAACUAUAUUGCGCUCAGAGGAAAAUGUCAGAACAUCACUUUUGUGCACCUUUAAAUUAUCUGUACAAAAAAAGUUAUGUUAACGUUCUCUUUUAAACGGACCGUCAGUGGCCCGGUUAUGGAACUGGUACCGGUUCUGAAAUCAACGUUACAUUUAGCCGAAAAUCCCUGUGACCCUAUAUAUUCACUGCGAUGAACAAACUUGAAUUGAAACUAUGGACUAUAUAGUUUCUCUGAAGUCAAAAACAUCCACUCAACACAACUUCUAAGUUAUUGAAGACAAUACGGUUCCAUAACUGGGCCCCGUUUCCUAAGGGUUCCAUGACUCUGAUGGUAUUGCGUAAAUAUUUCGAAAACUACUGGAUUUAGAGUAAAAUAUUACAAAAUCUGAUUGACAGAUUAUAAAACUUUCUACGAAAAAUGUUUUUUUGACAUUUUUCUUCAAAUACAUUCGUUUCAGAGAUAUUUGCAGAAUAGAAUUUGUGUGCAAUAAAACGAGCAUGAUAAAUUUUAUACUAACCAUUCUGCAAAUAUCUGUAAACCUUUUGGAUUUAGAGAAAAAUAUCAAACAGUUCUUUGACAGAUCCCCUAAACCCAUCAGUUCUCGAGAUAUUCACAACCUAAUUUACACCCCCUGAAAAACGAAACCUAUCUUCUCUCUUUCGACUUCGACUGAAACCCAAUGUUUCUCUCAUCCAUAUUAAUCCUUGGAGAGAGAAUGUAAAUUUUAGUGAGGAUGGAAGAUGAAUUUGGUGCCUAAACAUCAAAUUAUUUUGAAAUGGCGCUCCCAUGCCGGCAUAGGAGUAAAUGCUCCCUCAUUCACCCUCCCCUCAAUGUCAACAUAGUUACUGAAUUGUUACUAAAUGUAUAUUUGAUGAUCAUGAUGAUUUAGCAAAAACGACGAAUAUUUAUUGUGCCAGUAGACCUACUUGUUCAUGCAGUGUUCCAAACGUAAACAAAAUUACUAAUCAAUAACUGAUGGAAAGAAAACGUUGAUGAAUAUUUUAAGAAAAUACAUCUGUAUGAAAUAGAUCUAUUCUAUAUUAAAAAAAUGGUGUAAAGAGUUUAAUAAAAAGUUAUCAAUUGGAAUGAA